CAGACACCGAGUGAAUCGGAUUUAAGAUUAGUCUCCCUUGUUUGCAAACCAAACCUGAUAUUGAUUCUGAGGACGAAGACAGCAUAACGCCAUUUUAAGCUUCCUGCAGAAGAGGUAAUCAGUCAAAGACACGAAAAUCACCGAGAGGCAUCAACAUGGCGUCACUAAAUACUUCACAGCUUCCAGUCACGUGUCAUUGGGUGUCCCCGCAACAUUACCUGUUUCAAGUGGCGAAUGGCGUGUUGCUAGGAGCCCUGACGUGUCCCGCCGGAAAACAUGGCACGCUGAUUAUGCAUUCAUGUUUUAUUCUGGGGUUCCUCUUGCUGUCCAUCUGGUCCUGGGUGAUUCUCUGUGCACCGGACUACUUUUCAUGGAACUUCAGCUUCAUGGUGGUCAACGCUGUCCAGACGUUGGUCAUUCUAUAUAACAUCAGGCCAGUCAAGUUUUGCGAUGACCUUGAAGAUGUUUACGUCACACUGUUUCAGCCUUUCAGAGUCCCUAGGCACCUCUAUAGGAAACUCAUGUCCCCAGAAUACUGCACUCUUGGUACCCUACACGAAGGGGAGGUGUAUGCCAGUCAAGGGAUCAGCAAAAUAGACAGAUUAGGAUUACUUAUAGCCGGAAGGAUGGUGGUAUACAGUCACCAUCAACAACUCCAUCACAUCAAGGCAAAAGAGUUCAUCGACUCCCCGGAAUUCGAAUCGGCAAUUUGCGGAGACGAAAAAUAUCAAGUGUCAAUCCUGGCUACGUCACCAGCUCGUUAUAUCUUCUGGCAGAGAAGUGGCCUGGAAUACCUGUUAAUUAAGGAGCCUUACCUGGCCAGUCUCCUGAGGACGGUCCUAGGUCGUGACAUCACUAAUAAACUGUAUGCCCUCAACGACAAGAUUAUGACGGCUAAAGGGUUCCGAAUGGACAUCCGUCUGCCCAGUUUCUCGGCGAUGGUCCAGGGGGAACAGGAACACGAUGAUCACACAGCGAGCUUGGGUCGCAGCUGGUCACUGUACAGACACAGAGCGGUCACUAAGGACGCGGGCGAGGAGUCAGAUAAAGAACCACCGGAAGUGACGGAGAAAACUGAACUACUGAAUGGGGUGAUGGGUAUUUCUAGUAAAGGAUUCGUUGACAGAUCUCCGCCAAGUUCUUCAUUUGGAUGACCAGGUCAAGAUCCUGGCAGGAAACACGUGACUGCCUGGCAGGAAACACGUGACUGUGAGAAUGUGACACCUGUGUCAAUAUUACUGAUUGUUGUUGUUUGUUUUGGAUUGUGUGAGUUCUCUGUAUAUAAGAUUCUCUACUAAAUUAAAGUCAGCUUGGGCAUUAAAAUCACCUGGUGUACAUUUGGAA